UUCUUUUUCUUUUUUUUUUUUUUUUUUUUUUUCUUUCGCCUCCUUUGAUUUCUCGUUGGGAAAAGCAGAUGCACUUUGACUCCUGACUGCUCUACCUCAGACCUGAGAAAAACUCAUCGCUCGCUUUUCGGCGUUUUUUUUUUUUUUUUUUUUUUUUUUCCAAUUACUGUAUUUUUAAUUUUUUGCGAGCGCCGACCUCUCUAGUCGUUGCUGUUUUACUCUCACUUAUUGUCGCUCUGCCGCUGUUGGUAGCGGCCGGGAUUCUGCGGUUGCGUCGAAGCGCUGGUCUCUCUCCUCGGGCAGUGGGUGGUUUCUCCUGUGUCUCCCUCCUAGGACACCCGAACGAAGAUUUUUUUUUUUUUUUUCUUCCUCCCUUUCUAUUUUUUCUCCUCCACCUCUCCAAGGCUUUUAAAACAAACGCACGCACGCACACAAAGCAAACCUACGCCGGUGUUGUCGCCUUUUAUAUUUUUUUAUUUUGAAUUUUUUGCCUGACACCUGGGAAACCAAUACCCCCCACUCUCAGAAAUAACCAAAGACAAUGGUUCACUGUGCGGGCUGCAAAAGGCCAAUCUUGGACCGGUUUUUGUUGAAUGUACUGGACAGGGCUUGGCAUGUGAAGUGUGUUCAGUGCUGUGAAUGUAAAUGCAAUUUGACAGAGAAAUGCUUUUCGCGAGAAGGCAAGCUUUACUGCAAAAACGACUUCUUUCGGUGUUUCGGGACCAAGUGCGCGGGCUGUGCCCAGGGCAUCUCCCCCAGCGACCUGGUCCGCAGGGCGCGGAGCAAAGUGUUCCACUUGAACUGUUUUACGUGUAUGAUGUGUAACAAGCAGCUCUCCACCGGCGAGGAGCUUUAUAUCAUAGACGAAAACAAGUUUGUCUGCAAAGAAGAUUACCUAAAUAACAGCAAUACUGCCAAAGAAAACAGCCUGCAUUCAGCCACCACCGGCAGUGACCCCAGCCUGUCCCCGGACUCCCAAGACCCUUCCCAGGACGACGCCAAGGACUCGGAGAGCGCCAACGUCUCCGACAAGGAGACGGGCAGCAACGAAAACGACGACCAGAACCUGGGGGCCAAGCGGCGGGGCCCCCGCACCACCAUCAAAGCCAAACAGCUAGAGACUCUGAAGGCCGCCUUCGCGGCCACCCCCAAACCCACGCGGCACAUCAGGGAGCAGCUGGCGCAGGAGACCGGCCUCAACAUGCGGGUCAUCCAGGUGUGGUUCCAGAACCGGCGCUCCAAGGAGCGGCGCAUGAAGCAGCUGAGCGCGCUGGGCGCCCGCCGGCACGCCUUCUUCCGCAGCCCGCGCAGGAUGCGGCCGCUGGUGGACCGGCUGGAGCCCGGGGAGCUCAUCCCCAACGGGCCCUUCUCCUUCUACGGAGAUUACCAGAGCGAGUACUACGGCCCUGGAAGCAAUUACGAUUUCUUCCCGCAAGGACCUCCCUCCUCGCAAGCUCAGACGCCGGUGGAGCUGCCGUUCGUGCCCUCCUCGGGGCCGCCGGGCACGCCGCUGGGCGCCCUGGAGCACCCCCUGCCCGGCCACCACCCGUCCAGCGAGGCGCAGCGCUUCCCCGACAUCAUGGCCCACCCGCCCGGAGACUCGCCCAGCCCCGAACCCAACCUGCCCGGGUCCUUGCACUCCAUGUCCGCGGAAGUUUUUGGCCCCAGUCCUCCGUUUUCAUCGCUAUCCGUCAACGGUGGUGCUAACUACGGCAAUCACUUGUCACAUCCACCCGAAAUGAACGAGGCGGCUGUGUGGUAGCUUUAAAACGGACUGGGUCUAAGUAAGUGAUGAGCAUCUAGUCUGCUUAUUGUUUCGGUGUACAGAAAUGAAUAGAUAUACCGUCUCUCCCGCCCUAAGACAAUGUGACCUUGGGAACGAACUGAAGGCAAACGGCUCCAAGGCAAGCUUUGCUCUAGACCAGGACAAUCUGCCUCUUUACGGUUGUAACAGACAAACAGACGAGGGGACUUUUUUGUACCAUUGACAAAGAAACUGGUGAAGCUGUACAGUAAAGUGCUGCCAUACCGUAGGAUGGUGUAAGUUUGAUUACCCUGUUGGAUGUCAUCCUAAGAGCCACAAUCCUUAGAAACUUCUCGUUUAAAAAAUACUGAUUGAAGGAAGGAAAGGUCAAAGAAAAGGGGAAAAAAAAAAAGCUUCAAGAACUCUAGCGUUCCCGGUUAAGGAUGGUUCUGGCAUUAUGAAUUUGUUUGUUAAUUUUUGUCUCUCAGAAAGUUCGACAGCAAGAAACUCUUUUUAGCUUCAGCCAUUACAGCCUGCUGAAUAUCAGGUGGGACAACUUUCUUUUUUCCUUUUUUUUUGUUUUGUUUUGUUUUUGUUUUCCAAAAUAACAAAUGCUAAAUGUUAAGCCCUCAGCACCAACUCUUCUACCUUCACAAAGCUACACAUACAAAACCUCCUCAUCAUAGCAAAGGUCACCAACCAGACCUCUAACGAAAAUGACUUGAAAAACAAACAAACAAAAAGUAUUCUACCUUCACAGAGAGAGAAAAGCUAAACAAAAAGACUCUAUUGAACUAAAAAACAGUCAACUGUUUACGUCUAAUGUUAAAUUCAGGAGUUCAAUGUUUUACUAAUAAAUCCUGUUUUAGAACCUCUUGUUCAAAAGCAAAAUAUUUUGAGCAACCAACCAAAAUAGUUCAUUUUCUUUUCUGUAGAUGUUAUAACAGAUUGCAGGGCUUGUGGUUCACUGUGCUAGUUUGUAAAAGGUGUUGUUUACAGAAGGCAAAGAAAAAACCCACGAAACCCAGACAGUUGCCAAAUAAAGUAAAUAUAUAGCACAAAUACUGUAAGGUGCUUUGCACCAGCAACCCGAGAAGGUGUUUAAAAAGUGUUACAAGGUUAAAAAAACAAACAAACAUCUUUGCUAAUUUUUAGUCCUGUUGAACAUUCAUGGAAUUGUUAAUAUGACUUAUAUAGACCCACACAGGUUUUAUUUUUGUGUCUUUAAAAUAAAAGUCCAAAAUAUUUAAAUUUUAUGGUCAAAUAUGCAGUCAACAGCUGCUACUUUUUUCUUUAUAUAUUAAAUUUCUCAUAUGUCUUUUAUUGUUCUAAUAAACCUAAGCUUGUGUGACCUCCAGUGCAUAUUAGACCAUUCACUGUAUGAAAGAAAACAUGUUGGAUAAAAUUUGUGCGUUUUUAAUAAAAUUAGAAAAUCUGAUGUUUAGAUAACUUGUGUUUCAUUCGAUGUUUUAAGCAUUUUGAAAUGGAUUCUUUUUGAGUAAAAUAGCCCUGAAAAAAAGAGUGAUCUGCUAUACUGAUAAUCCUGUCCGGCUGUUUUGUUUUGGUAGGAGUCUAAACCCUGCUGCCAAUGCAGAUCACAGGUAUCGGUAGUUACAGCCUUUCUUUACAUCUGCAGGCUCAGCUGGUAAAGUACAAAUAAAACACUACUCUAUACGUUAAAUUGUAAAAUUGGAAACUAAUCAAAUUGUUAAAUACGUUAGCUUAGUCUUGGUUUAUGCUAAGAGAAAACGUACUCUUAAUGUGCAUUUUAUGCAUAAACAAAAAUGUUUUCUGAAUGUCAAAAACUCGCAAAUAUGUGUUUUUUACUUGACCUAUUUUUAGUUAAAUUAAUUCUCCAAAGGUAAUUUUUUUUCCUAAUUAGAUGGUAUGGAAAGUAGCGUAACCUCAAUGUCCUGAAUGUAAUUUUAAUCUUUUUUUUUUUUUUUUUUGAGCUGAGUCAAUUGUUUAAUAGUGUUUGGUAUGUGUGAAGUUCUCUACAGGGCAGUGGGGGAAAAUAUUUUGCUUUGCACUAGAUAUGUGCUAAUUUUCUGGGAGAAAAAAAAAUCUGAAACAUUGUGAAACGACAGAUUUAAUGUUUUUAUUACAAAUUAUUGCAGAGUCCCAAAUAUUCAGCUCCUCUAAAGUCUCACUGAUUCCAAGAGGACUGUGAGUUGUGUUAGAAGCAAAGGGUUGGGUUCAGUUCUGAAAAGUCACUAGUUGUUUAAAUGUUUUCCACCUGCUGAGCUAAUAGAAUGGGAUGAACCAUAAUUGCAUAUUUUCCUUCAUCUUUUGACUAGUUGUGAUUCUGUCUGGCUUCUUUUUUAUUUUAUGUAGACACAGAAAUUUACUCUAAAACACAGGCUUCUACAUUCUCAGCAAUUCAAUUAUUUAGCUCUUUGGACUGAGGGGGAAAAAUCAAAAUGCUUUAAAGUUGUACAAUUUGUAUUUUUCAGUGGCGAUUUUUUUAUUUUUGUUCACAACUUGGUUUCCAUGCCCAGCAGAGGGGCCAUCUGGAUGAAGCAAUAGUUCACUUUAAACACAAAAUGUCUUAUAUAAUAAUAUAAAGAUAAAAACUAUCUGCAAGGGAUCUGUUAGUGUUUCUAAAAAAAAAAAAUAAUCGUGCUUUAUUAAAUACAGGGGAGACUUCUUAAAUCCGUGGGCUCUGUGCCUAACUCUUUAUUUGUCUUUUAUACUGUUGCUAUUUUUUUGCCUCUGUUUUCCAUUUAUAUGAGCAAAGUAACAGGUGAUCUGUUCAUUACAAACUUUUAUUUAUCUGGGCAAAUGCUGUUUAUAAAUACUGCUAUUUGCGCUUCUGCUCUAUGCUGCUGUUUUAUUGUUGAAUCAAUUAUUUUAAAUGAGAAUUUCACUGAAUAGGCUUAUUUUGUAGAAAUCAUGUCUGCCAAAUAACUCCCUUUCCCUUUCCCUUUCCCUUUCCCUUUCCCUUUCCCUUUCCCUUUCCCUUUCCCUUUCCCUUUCCCUUUCCCUUUCCCU